AUGGAUGGACAUCCUCCUAAAUACCGGUCAACAAAGCCUGUCCCCUAUAAUCUUAAUGAACGCAUUCGUGGCGCCCUCGAAGAAUCCUUAUAUGCCCAGGCGAUUGAAUGUCUCGGGGGUGUCAUAAGCCCUGGCGUAUCCACUCCCUCGCCCUCCGCAGCUCUCAUCCCUCCUCACACUCACAUUCGGCUCAUAACAACCCUCGUUUCCCAUCCAUACCUCACCAGUCAGCUACCCAAGAAUGAACCCACUCCCACAGCACCUAUCGAUGCCUUUCUUCUGCUCCGUCGGGUGCUGAAGCUGAUCGGACCUCUCAAUUCCGACUUUGCGGCUGCAUGGGUGUUUGAAGAUACCAGAGUCCGUGGACGAAGGACUAAAAAGGAAAGGGAUAGAGAUAACUCGCCGGCCGCCAAUACUACUACUGAUGAUCAUCUUGCCGGUGAACUUGCUGAAGGCGAAUCACUAUUCGCAGUGGCAGAGGAUGUGUGGGCGAUCGUUGGGUGGGGAUUCACAUGUUCAGUCCUACAUCCUACACGGUGGAAAUGGUGGAAACUGCAAUUAGAGAUCUUGCUGGAUGUAUUGGAAGAGGACUGGGAAGAUAGACAAACAACGUGUGCGCAAACAAGUACCUCUGGUGCGUUGAAGAACGCACUGGUUGUCAAAAUGCUCCCAGAUACCAAAGGGAGUGCGGGUUAUAAAAAAGUAAUCCGCGCAAUUCUUGCCAACGGAACUGGGUCAAACUUAGAUCGGUGCAAUCCGAUUUAUAAGGAUGAGCUUUCUACAAAACGUCCGAAGAAGAACAAUAUGGGAAGCCUCAAUAGUUCCUUUAUCGGCGAUGAUCAAAACGAACCCGAAACUAUUCCAGCAACAUCUAAAUCUCCAUCGGAGGAUAUUGAAAUGGGCGAUGGUCCUUCAGAUAUAGAGGAUGAUGAUACUGGCGUGGCGUGUGAAUGGGGUGGAAUGGAAGCCCUCAUUUUACGACAACGAUUUCUAUCACUACUCUCAUCUGUAUCUUAUCACCGCUGUUACAUCGACAUUGAUGAUCUCUAUCGCGAGUAUAAAGAUAUCAUAUUACGUUUUCCGCCGUCGAGCUUUAUGCUUUUUACGUCAACAUUCAUUUCUGCAGAACCCAGUUAUCGGGCAGCAUUGAAUCAGCUCAUUCUCGAUACUAUCAUCUCAUCGAAGGCUCCUAUGCCCAAGAGGAAUGAAACAGAUGAUUUGACUAUUGAAAAGCUCAUGAAUCGAUAUCUUCCUUGGCCUGCCAAUACGACCUCUGUCAGCGAUAAUGCUAAAGUUGCGAUGCUACUUGAGAGUAUGAUACGAUUACUCGUAACAGAGGCAGAAUUGGUCUGGAGCACAGAGCUUGAGCUAGCAGUUGAAAAGGGAAUCGAGGAGAGAAGGAGAAAGGCUACAGGCGAUCGAAGGAUAAACAAGGAGAAGGAGAAAGAGGCGCGACUUGCGCUUGAAGAUGCGGAGGGGAGGCUGAGAGCAAUGAUUGCAUUUUUGAAGAAGAGAGCUGAUACAUAA